CACAGGGAAGCGACAGGAAAACUUAACACCUUAAUAACACAAUGGCUGAAGAAGAAGGGAGGCGACUCUUGGCUCAGUUCAAGAGUGAAACAGGGGAGGUAACUGGUACUCCAUUUGACCUUCCAGUGGAUAUCACUGUGGACAAGCUACAACUCAUUUGUAAUGCUUUGUUACAAAAGGAGGAGUCCACGCCUUACCUGUUUUACGUCAACGACACCGAAAUUGUUGAUACCUUAGAGAAAUCCCUAGGUCCUGAAAGUUUGGAGACUUCAGAGAAAGUGUUGGAUAUUAUAUAUCAGCCGCAGGCGGUGUUCAGAGUGCGAUCCGUCACACGAUGUACCAGUUCCAUAGAGGGUCACGCAGAAGCUGUGAUUUCAUUGGCCUUCAGUCCAGAUGGAAGGUACAUGGCAUCGGGGUCAGGGGACACAACUGUGAGGUUCUGGGAUUUGAACACGGAAACACCACAAUAUGUGUGUAAAGCUCAUAAACAUUGGGUGUUGUGCAUCGCCUGGUCACCAAAUGGAAGGAAACUCGCCUCCGGUUGUAAAAAUAGUCAGAUAAACCUGUGGGACCCGUUGACAGGCAAACAGUUAGGCAAAACAAUGACAGGGCACAAACAGUGGAUUACAUGGCUUUGCUGGAAACCACUACAUCUAGAUCCAGAAUGUAGAUAUUUGGCAAGUUCAUCAAAGGAUUCCACAGUAAAGAUCUGGGACACAGUGUUAUGUCAGUGUUGCCUGACCUUAUCGGGUCACCUUCAGUCAGUGUCCUGUGUAAGGUGGGGCGGGGCUAACUUACUGUACACAGCCUCUCAGGACCGCACUGUCAAAGUUUGGAGGCCUGAUGAUGGAGUGUUAUGUCGCACAUUACAAGGUCACGGUCACUGGGUGAACACAAUGGCACUGAGCACGGAUUACGCACUAAGGACUGGGGCAUUUGAACCUGCCAAAGCCAGCUUAGUACCACAAGAUUGUGCAGAUUCGGAUGAGGAAUUGGCACAGAAAGCGCUAGAAAGAUACAAUAAUGCUAAGAACAACGGGCCUGAGCGACUUGUAUCUGGGUCAGAUGACUUCACACUGUUUCUGUGGCAACCUGAGGAAGAGAAGAAGCCCAUCGCCCGAAUGACUGGUCAUGCACAGUUGAUCAACGAGGUUUUGUUUUCUCCUGACACGCGUCUUAUAGCCAGCGCUUCCUUUGACAAAUCUGUCAAAUUGUGGGACGGGAAAACAGGAAAAUUUUUGGCCACACUGCGCGGCCAUGUCAGUCGUGUGUACCAAGUGGCAUGGUCAGCUGACAGUCGACUUCUCGUCAGUGGCAGCUCAGACUCCACUCUCAAAGUCUGGGACAUCAAGGCUAGGAAAUUGCUCCACGAUUUGCCAGGACAUGCUGAUGAGGUGUACACUGUAGACUGGAGUCCUGAUGGGCAGCGAGUGGCCAGUGGAGGAAAAGACAAGGUCCUCAAAAUAUGGAGGCGAUGAUGAUGAUGAUGAUGAUGAUGAUGAU